AUGUUUUUUCUAACCCGCUUCAAACUGGGUAUGGCGGACGUCACGGCAGCCAUCGGCUCCGGAAAAUGCGGGGAAGUAUUGCGGAAGUUGAAUGAAAAGAAAGCAGUGCGUGAGCGGGAAGAGAACAUAGAUUAUCGUCGUGCCCUUUGCUUUUUAGCGAACUCACAGGAUGUCUUCCACGCGCGGCAAGCACUCUUGGAGGAGUUGCGUCACUUUCCGAACAACACUGCGGCUCGCACGCUGUUGCUUGAAGUGAACGAAACUGUUCGUCCGCUACUCAUGCCACCCAAAGAGCUGCUGAAAAGUGAACCUCUCUUUGGUCUCUUGUGUGAUGCGCUGCUGGAUCACACGAUGCUUACGUGGACGCGCCUGUACAGUUUGUAUCGAUUGUCCAAGGAAGUAUGUAGCAAAGAGGGUGAAGGAGGCGCUCUGAUGGAGUGCGGGGUUUCGGGUGGAGGCUCGGUGGUGUUGCUCGCCGUUGUGGCUGCUCAUUAUUCCAAGAAACCGCGCAAAAUCUACGCGCUUGACACUUUCAGUGGGAUGCCGGAGCCAACUACGCAUGACAACUUGGAGGAAGAUGGUAAUCUUAAGCCAGCAGAAUCAACAUCAUGGGGAAGUGGCACGUGCAGCGCAACUGUGGAGAACGUUCGUCAACUAGCCAAGAACUUUGACGUGGAGGAAGGUUUAGUUGUUAUUCCUGGAUUAUUCCAUGAAACGAUGCCUAAGACGCUGAGGGAGAUUAGUGACGAGGGCAUUUCCAUGUUGCAUGUGGAUGCGGACUGGUACGAGUCCACGAGGUGCGCACUGGAACUUGCAUGGCCCAUGGUAAAACAAGGGGGAAUGGUACAAGUGGAUGAUUAUCACUAUUGGCUUGGCUGUCGUAAGGCAGUGGAUGAGUUUGCACAGCGGGAAGAGAGUGAGCAUAGGCCUUUACCGAUACUUCAAAACGUUGAUGGAAAUGCUGUGUACUUUACAAAGCCGUAG